AUGGCGGCGAUCGUAAAAGACACUGUGGGGCGGUUCAGCAACGUCGUUUCGGACUAUGUCAAGUACCGGCCGUCCUACCCGCCCGAGGUGUUCGAACUGUUGCGCAGCGAGGGGGUGACCACGGACCACCUCGUCGCGGACAUCGGUGCGGGCACCGGCAUCUUCACUCGCAUGCUCGUCGACCAGGGCUUCCGCGUCGUCGCCGUCGAACCCAACGACGAGAUGCGCAAGGCGGCCGAGGCAUCGCUCGCGGCUGAAUUGAGCAGCGGCCGACUGACCAGCCUUGGCGGCAAGUCCGAGGCGACGGGCCUGGCCGACCACGCGGUCGACGUCAUCAUCGCCGCCCAGGCGUUCCACUGGUUCAGCCACGACGCCGCCAAGGUGGAAUUCAAGCGCAUCCUCAAGAAGAAGGAGGACAGCGGCGUCAAGAGCCAGGUGUUCCUCAUCUGGAACAACUUUAGCUCCGACGCCGAGAGCGGCACGGAACUGAUGCGAGGGUACGAGGACGCGCUGAUCGAGUACUGCAUCGACUACCUCAAGGUGGCGCACGGGUGGGUCUCUAAGAAGGGCAGCCCCGUGCUGCCCAAGUUCUUCGCCGAGGGCGAGCUCAAGAAGGCGGCCUACGUGGCCCAGAACAACCAGCGAUUCGACCUGGAGGGCUUGAAGGGCCGCUGCCUGUCGUCGUCCUACGCGCCCAAGCCGGACCACCCCAACUACGAACCCCUCAUGCGCCGGCUCGAGGCUCUCUUCGCCCAGUACAACGAAAACGGCCUUGUCGAGUUCCGCUACACCACCGAAGUCUUCUACGGCACCAUCUGA